AUGAAAAGAGCUUGGUUUGAUGCCAUUUACAGCAAGAACUACAAGAAGAUAGAGUCCCUCCUCCCCUUGUAUGAUGAUUGGCGAGCAGCUAACGGGAACACAGGGCUGAUGGUUGCGGCCAGGAUGGGAUCUGAGGGCCUGGCUAAGUUGCUGCUGAACCACGAUGCUGGAAAACGUAACGAUGCUGGGGAGACAGCCCUGAUCAUUGCAACAAGAAGUGGAAAUGCCGACGUUGCGUCUUUGCUUGUUUUUGUUGAAGCUGGGGUCAUCGAUAACAGAGGCUAUUGUGCUCUCCAUUGGGCUGUCCAGAUGGGGAAUGCUGCCCUCUUUAACAUACUACUGCACUACGAACAGUAUGUACUGGAUGAACAGGGAGCAACCAUGCUUAUGAAAGCCGCUUGGUACUCACGACCGCAGUUCGUGCUGGAUUUGAAGGCGAGGCUUCUGGGCCGGAGGGACUAUACAGGUGACACUGCGCUGAUCUAUGCUAUUCUCGGCGGAUCUUCCCAAGUGAUAGAGAUGUUGCUGGAAGAGGUGUGCCUGUGCAAUAACUAUGGAAGCAAUGGGUUGAUGGAGGCUAUAAAGUGUGGCUAUGGUGAUCACUUAAUUAAGCUUCUGUCUACAGAAGCCCUACAAUCCCUGGUAAGUGCUAAAGAUCAAUAUGGAAGAACGGCUCUCAUGUAUGCAAUUUUGUAUACUGCACAAGAUGCGGCAGGCGUGCUAGUUAAGUUUGAAGAAGAUAUACGAGAUAACCAAGGCGAUACUGCUGCUCUCUUAGCCAAACGCCUUGGAGUUACAAAUCAUUUUGCCAUAUUCGCUAAUUCGAACCUAUCAGCUAAGGUUCCUAAUCCAUCCGCUGAACUGACAGAUUUAUGCGACCUUACUCUAAUACAGCAAUCUGAUCCUGCCGUUUCUGCUUUGAACGACCCCAACUGGAAAUCUAUUUCUGUAGAGUCGGCUUCUCUGCUCUCAGAGAAAAGCUCCGACUCUCACAGUUCUCUUGAUGAAUCAGGGAAUGGCAGCUCGAACACUGCAGAUCAAAUCCUGUUUUCUUCCAUGGCAGAGCGCUCGAGCAGCACCUCCCCUGUAUAUGGGCACGAGUUUAAUUAUCUUCGUCGCUUGCAAGGUAAAGCACCCGGGGGAAAGAAGUCCAAACUAAUACAAAAGGCUCAAAAAUCAAAGGCACUGACCUACAGGCGUGUCAAAGCCCUUUUUAAUCCACGUAGGCGAUGUCAUAAACUUAGUUCGACAAAAAGAAAGGGUCCUGCGUCAAGAGUUGCUUCAAACAGACAAGCGCCUUCAUGGCCUACUCAGAGAUUGUCAGGGUCUAGAACACAGUAUUCUGCUAAGAGAAAAAGACAAAAGCCCCAAAGACAUCACAAGAUGAUAAGGAAAAAGGAGGAUAUAUCUAUUUCCUUUAGCACAAUGGACGCCCCGUCGCACGAUGUUACUGAGAGCGGCCACAAAGAAGACGCUCAUGAAAGAGGUCUUACUAAGUAUGGCAUAUUACCAUCUCUGUGUUACCCAGAUGAAGAGCAGGAAGUAGAAGGGCCACCCGGCGCCUUGACGUUCAGCGCACAGUCAUGCUCUAGACCUCCAAGUGUUUGGACCUCUGUUUCUAAGCGGAAAAGCGUCCCUUUGAACGAGUACCGAGCAAAGAGCUAUAGUAAGAAGUACAUUAAGGCGCUAAUAACAGGAAAUAUUUUACAGGUUAGAAAGCUGGGUAAGAAGGAAAAAGACUAUGGCCAUUAUCAUGGAGACACUGCCCUGAUGUAUGCAGUACGUGUUAACAACCCCUCGCUGGUUCGUGUGCUGGCGCCACUAGAAGCAGGCAGGCUCAAUCCUGCGGGAGAAUCAGCACUUAUGGUUGCCGCUCGGAAGAAUAAGCUUUUUGCCGCGCGAUUCCUGGCUCCAUACGAGGCAGGAUACCAGGAUUCCUGCAAGUACACAGCUCUGAUGUAUGCCGCCCAGCACGGGAACUUUUCGAUUGUCAGAUUGUUAGCGAAGAAGGAGGCAGCUAUGCAGAAUAGGACGGGAGAGACAGCUUUGAUGCUAGCGACGCGAUACUACUACCCAGAGAUUAUGGCCUUUCUCUCUCCGUUUGAAGGGCAUAUUGCAGACAGUACGGGUAUCACCCCACUGAUGUACAUGACCUUAAGGAAUGAUAGAAACAUGGUAAGGAUCCUUGCUCCGCACGGUUCUAGACAGACAACAUUGAAAGGAACUACCGCUCUGAUGAUGGCUGUAUCACGGGGAUACUAUGAGUGUGCAGGAAUUUUGCAUGAAGCAGAAGCACAGAUGCAGGAUCACAGAGGCAGAACGGCGCUUAUGAUAGCAGCCGGCUGUGGAAACAGUGAGCUAGUCCGACUGAUGAUUGGAAAAGAGGCUGGGAUGAAAGACGCCAUGGGCCGUAGAGCAAGCGAUUAUGCGCGGCUUAAUGGAUAUACGAACGUGGUUUUCUUCCUCCACAGGUGGGAGCCUUGGUAG